GUAGGCUUUUAUUCUGGUCGACAAUGUCACUGGCCCCAACGCACACAACGCCCAGAGGUCAAGUAGUCUUACAGCCCACAUAUUUCACGUGCUCCUUAUUUGUGGACCCUGCUCGUGAAGACAUUGACCACCUUGUUCGUGUCUAUGCCGAGCGAUAUGCUAGGUCUCCGAUUCCACAGCCAUUUAUGCUUUUCAAGGAUAUCUGGAACAACCAAGGAUGGGCGUGGCUGCAUUUCAAGGUUUUUGAUACCAGAUCUCGUGAUGCUUUUCUAAAAGUCACCAUGCAACUCCUAUCAGAACGGUUAGCAGAAUCCGAGUAUCCUCUUACUAGAGCUGCUGCUCUGUUUGGCCUUUACACGUUCUUUGCAACUCAGCCAUCAACGUCAGCUCCGCCGUUACAUGCUCUCGCUCAUCUUGCCGUAACAAUCGACAUGUAUCAGUCUUUACUGAAGCUGCCUGACGUACUCGAAACGGAUUUCCUACGCCCUUUAAGACCCUACAUAAUACAUGUACUUUCUGCCUUGCAAAAAGCUCAAUUCUUUCAUAUACUGCCCCCGUCUAAUUUGUACCCGCAUAAUCCGCGAGAACUGCCCAGGGAAAAAUUUAUCUCAGAUGGGUACGAACAGGCAGCUUAUGCUACCACAACCAAGAAGAAAGGUCGACCGUCCAAGCAUGACAAGUUGAAGAAAUCCAAGGACGCUGUCGUUGCACUGGACAAGUGGCUAGACAAAACUGCAUAUACAUAUCAACCAUCUCGGAAUACAAGUGUCGAGGCUCCACAGCCUGUCACCACGCAUAUUCUACUUUCACAUCCGCCGAGCAUGACACGGAACAAUUACCGGGCCAAAAAAUCGGAGUUGUUAGAGAAGCUCGAGCCCGAUUAUCCGCAUGCGACGACUGAGAGCCUUGGACGAUCAGCUUUGGAACGAGCGAACUUGGGGGUUGUUAGCAGGUUACAAAAAAUCGACGAGGAAGCGGCAGCAAAGGGAAUGGAGAUUGGGGGAGAAGGCGGCGAGCGGACUGGAUUACGUCGUGUGGAAAGAGCCGCUGAUGAACUUGGUAAAAUUGGGUUGCUAGGAAGCCGUAGUGGUCUACUUGGUCUGUUAGAAGGGGCAGGGAUCGUGGAACAGCCAUAGAGAAAACCAUGCCGUUUGGAUAUAUAUUAUUUUAAAACAAUAUCCCCUGUCAGCGCUUCCCACGACAAAUUGAGGUUUG